AUGGGGGACUUCAACCUCCGGCACCCCCUGUGGGACCUGUACGAGCGGUAUGAACGGGAGGCCGAAGGGCUGGUCCAACUAGCUACCUCCUGGGACCUCUAUUUAGUUACCCUCCAGGGUACUAUAACUAGGGAGCCCCAGGGGACCCAGCGGGGCCGGCCGUCGACAAUCGACUUAGUGUGGGCCUCCUCUGGGCUUACUUGCUCCUAUUACGGAGUAAAGGAGAGGAGGGCUUCGGACCACUACCCCCAAGUCGUCGAAGUCCUUACCGACAGACCUCCCGACCAGGCCCCCCCCCCCUGGGUGGGACUGGAAGAAAAUGGAUCAGAGGAGAGUGGUAGCCGAGGCGGCCCUACUACCUAG